AUAGGGUUGUUUUUCACGAAAAAAAAAAAGAAACAAAAAAAGGGUUGGUGCAAGCAUUGAGAAUCAGAGGCUAAGCAUCAAGCACCUGAGGGUUGGGAUGUCUGUGGAUUCUGCAGCUGGAAUGGCGGAUCCCAACCCUUCUGGUGACCUUGGACGGCGUACAGAACUUAAACUGGUGAGUAGGUUUCACAUUCGUCGGAACGACAUCGUGAGUCCGUGGUUGUGCUAUGAUGAUGACAGUUUCCUAAACAUUGAUGUCCAUCCGCAUAAGCCGUGGAUUAUCUUCGUUGCUCAAAAAAGAUCAAUUCAAGUGUGGGACUAUAGGUCGGGGACUCUGGUCACUUCUUGGGACAUAGACGAGAGACUGGGCUUGUGGGUAGCCGUAAAAUUUGUGGCACGUUCAGAAACGCUCUUCAUUGCUCUUAGGAAUGACAAGAACUCUGUCAUGAUGCGUAAAGUGGAUGACAACUUUUCCUGGGACCUAAUUAGGCAUAUCGGGCAGGCCCAUAAAAGUCCUGUGCGGGAUGUGGCCCCUCAUCCCAGCUUAAGCUACCUGAUGACUUUUUCUGAUAUCCGGAUUAAGCUUUGGAACUGGAGUGACAGCUGGGCUUCUAUGUCCUAUAAAGUGAUGUCGGUGACCGCUGUGGCAUUCCAUCCAUCGGAAACGACGGAAAGAGGCAUGUUUGCGAGCGCCUCAAGGGAUGAGAAAAUCCGAUUAUGGAAAAUAGACAGCGGCCGGUCUCCUAUGCAUACAUUCGAAGCACUUCCAGGUCAUGAAAUCGGGGCGCUUCAAUUUUGCAGUGAUCCAGGGAGGUCUCUUCUGAUCGGAGGUACUUGUUCUGGGCGAGUAUGCAUCUGGAAUUACAAAGAGCGGGCUCGAGUGGCUGUAAGCAACGAACUGGGAGCGAAUGUCUGUUCUGUCUUCUUCCAUCCGCGGUUGCCCUAUAUCUUUGCUGCCACCACAGCAGGAGCGGUAGCCGCUUGGAAGGACUCGGAGGUGAAUUAUUCGGCACCUAGUCUUGAGCAUGCAAUGCUAUUUACGAGUGGAUUGACAGAGCUUGGUAGCAUGGCCCCUUGCGGAACAUCCGACAAGCUGGUUGUUGGAGGCAAGGCAGAGUUUGUCGUAUUCAAUUUGGAGGAGGAAGUAAUUGCUGAUGGCUUUUCGCCAGCAACGACUUCUCGGGCAAGCACUCCAAGAAAUGCACCGGAAGCUUCAUCGGUUACGGGGCAGCCAACACAUACAAAUCAUGUCUCCUCCCCAUCACUGAUGGACAGUAAUGAAAUACCGCACUGGGUAAUGACGCCUGCCUCGGCUGUCAUUCAGCAAGUAACUGCAGACCAGCUGCUGGACAUUGCGCAGAAGAAAGAAGAAGUUGCGGAAACGUUGCUCAAGGACAGUAUACAGCUGCGGACAUCUGCGAUGACAGCACAGGCCGACGUGAUCGACGCACUGCAAAGUCAGGUGAGAGCGAUGAGGGAGGAGCUUGAACGGUCCCGGGAAUGUUCCCGGAUGAGGGAGGAGCUACUAGAAUGUUCCCAGAGUUCUGCAAGACAGAAACCGGACCAUUCAGCUGUUGGUGAAGUCCAGGUAUGUUCCUUGAGGAAGCUUGAGAUGGAGAAGCUCAACGCGGGCGGCCAGGAUGAGCUAUCCACGACGGACAAUCUGAGAGCAGUGGUCGACAAGCUGCGAGCUCUUGAUCAUCCACAUUUGGUGAGAUUGCUGGGCGUCUGCUACGAGGAGAACUCCCUGGUGUAUGAGAAAAUGGCGAACGGAAGCGUGGACUGCAUGUUGAGCGCACAACAGUCGUUGCCAUGGUACGAGCGUUUGCGGGUUAUGAACGAGGUCGCAGAAGCCUUGUCUUUCCUUCACACAAAUGGCAUCGUCCACUGCGGCAUCAAGCCCUCCAACAUCUCUUUGAAUGGCGACUUUGUCGCCAAGCUCGGCGCAGUCGACCGUGCAUUGGCAGUCCAGUAUGUCGCAGAGCUCAGCGGAGCCGUCCGGCAAGCGAAAACGACCGUUGUGGUCGCAAAGGACGACAUGAGCAACUUCUUGAACUUCUUGGAAAUGGAUGGCGACUACCUUGCCCCGGAAUGCGAAAAGGCUGGCGCUUUUACCAUGAAGACGGACAUCUACGCCUUUGGCAUCACUUUGCUGGAGAUGCUGACAGGGACCAUAGGGGGUGCAAAAGAAAAAAUUGGCGAUACCUUGGAUGACCCUGCCGCUUUUCCGAAAACACUAGACGAAAAAGCGGGUGCUUGGGACGCUUCCCUCGCCUGGAAAAUUGCAAAAAUAGGGAUGAAGUGUGCGAGUCACGAGAAAGUUAAUAGACCACUGUUGAUAGAAGGUCUGGACAACAUCCGGCCUGGACUUCAGGAGAUCACUUCUCAAGCAAUACACCUCGCCCAUCAGUAAGUAAGGGAUGCAGUCUGAGACCGAAGAGCACUGUACAGCAGAUUAUACAUGCCCACAAUGCGGGCAUCCAUACGAU